UCCCCCCACCCCGCCCCCACCGCCCCGAGCUCCUGACGCCGAUGAAGACGGAGAAGAAGCCCGGGAGCGUCGCCAGGCCCGGCGAGGGGCCGGAAGACAGGGCCGACCUUCGGCCCCUGCCCCCUGAACCCCUCCGCAGCUCCGGCCUGCAGAGAGACCUGGACCAGAUGUGGGACGCCCUCCUCAGGAACGUCAAGGAGCUGCGGCUCCGCACCAUGGACUUCUCCGACCUCUGGGAGGAGGAGGAGGAGGAGGAGGAGGAGGAGGAGGUGGAGGUGGAGGUGGAGGUGGAGGAGGGCGAGCGCAACGCCGCGGCAAUGGGACCCGGCGCCCAGGGCGGCGGUCCUCCCCCACCUCCUCCUCCGCCCCCUCCCCCGCCUCCUCCCCUCCCUCCUCCGCUGCCUCCUGCUACUCCGGUAGGCCCCGCCCGCUCCAGCCUGCCCCGCCAGGCCGGACCGGGCCUGGCCAGGACCAUCAGGCUGUUCUGGGGCGGCCUGGGGGAGCUGCCCGCCCUGCCCAGGUGCGGCCGAUUCGGGCCCCAGACCAUCUGGGCCACCCUGGAGCCCGUGGCCCUCGACACGGCCAGGCUCAGGCAGCUCUUCGAAUGCAAGGCCGGCGGUCUCCACCUCCUCCAGAAGCAGAACGCCAGGAGGAAGCAGGAACUGAUCGUGCUGGAUCUGAAGAGGAGCAACCUCAUCAACAUUGGCCUCGCUGCCCUGCCAGCAACCCACAUUGUCCGGGCUGCCCUGCUCAGCUUCGACCAGUGUGUCCUGGAGAAGGAGGCCAUUGAGAGGCUGCUGACCAUGGUCCCCACCGAGGAGGAGCUGGAGAAAAUCCAAGAGGCGCAGCAGGCCAGCCCACACCUUACUCUGAGCUCGGCAGAACAAUGCCUGCUGACGCUGGCUACAAUAAAUGAACUACAGGCGAGACUACAGCUCUGGUCUUUCAAAAUGGAGUACGACACCAUGGAAAAGGAUAUCGCUGUGCCCCUCUUCAACCUGAAGCUGGCAAUGGAACAACUGGCUGGAAACAAGACCUUUCACUGUAUCUUAGCAACGCUUCUGGCAAUUGGGAAUUUCCUGAAUGGCGUUAAUGCGAAGGGCUUCGAGCUGAGCUACCUCGAGACGGUGCCGAGGGUGAAGGAUACCGUCCACAAACAGCCUUUGCUGUACCAUGCCUGCUCCAUCAUCAUCGAGAGCUUCCCUGACACCACUGACCUGUACUCGGAGAUCAACGCCGUCACUCGCUCUGCCAAGGUUGACUUCGCCCAGCUCCAGACGGAUCUGACGCGACUGGAGCACAACUGCAAGGCAGCCUGGGACCACCUGAAGGCCAUCGCCAAGAGAGACAGCAGCCCGGCCUUCAAAAGCAAGCUGCCGGCCUUCCUGAAGGAGUGCGCACAGCGCGUCAUCAUCCUGAAGGCAGUCCAGAGGCGGAUAAUGAACAGGUUCCAUUCGUUCCUCCUGUACUUUGGAUAUCCAAGCUCCAGCGUUCGCAAGAUGACUGUGGGCAAGUUUUGCAAGCUCAUCAGUGACUUUGCCCUGGAGUAUCACACAGCCCGAGCCCAGGUCCUGCAGCAGAAGGAGAGGCGGGAGAGGGAGAAAGAGAGACUGCAGCGAGAGGAUUGCGAGCCGAGCUUGGGUGCCGAGUCCCCACUGAACGUUACUGCGGUGAUCCGGAGCAUGUGUCCCGAGGUGAACCGGCAGCACGAGCACAUGACGGAAAUCCUGAACACGCCGGAGAGGACCCGCAAGUUCGACUCCAGCCUGCCCCGGAGCCGGUGCAAGAAGCGGGAGCGGACGGGCGACGGGGCGGCGCCGCCAGAUUCGAAGCCUUGGGCAGGUGCUGACGUGGUGGUGACGUCAGCGGACUAGCAAUCCGGGUGC